AUGUCAGCUGAAGUCACCUCGGUCAAGCACAGAGGGCUUGUAUGGCUCGAGAAGGUGACUCUCAAUGAAGACCUGGGUUAUGCAUGCGACGCCAUUUUCGCUACUGUCAGCAAGCUUGAGAAUCAGCUCACCGUCACAGGCUUUUGUGGUGGGUUAUAG